CUCAUUAAAGUUUAAAAAUUCUUUUGGGUGAUUGUUCGCAAUUCAAUAUCAUAUGUAAUUCUUUCCUUAUCAGCAAUAUCUUUUAAACCGGUACAGUUAAUAAAGUUUUCUUCCUCUUUUUCACUCAUAACUAGUUGGGAAUGGCAAGUGCAUUGGAUACGCUAUGUGGGCAGGGAUAUGGUGCAAAACAAUAUCAUAUGCUUGGUAUACAUAUGCAAAGGGCUAUGCUUGUUCUUCUCCUUGCAAGUAUUCCUCUGGCUUUUAUCCUGGCCUACACCAGCCAAAUUCUCAUGGCUGUUGGUCAAAAUCCAGAGAUUUCAAUGGAAGCAAAACUAUAUGCUUGUUGGUUGAUUCCUAGCCUUUUUGCCUAUGGUUUGCUUCAAUGUCAUGUCAGGUUUCUGCAAACCCAAAACAUCGUGUUUCCAAUGUUAACAUCCGGAAUAACUGUAUUGCUCCACAUUAUUGUGUGCUGGAUUCUAGUGUACAAGUCUGACCUUGGCACCAAGGGUGCUGCCAUGGCGACCACCAUAUCAUAUUGGAUCAAUGUGUUUCUGUUAGCAACUUAUGUCAAGUUUUCUCAAGCUUGCAAGGAGACUUGGACAGGUCUAUCAGUGGAGGCAUUACAUGAUGUCCUCAACUUCCUAAGACUUGCUGUUCCUUCGGCAUUUAUGACUUGCUUGGAGUAUUGGUCAUUCGAGAUGGUGGUUCUCUUGGCUGGCCUACUUCCCAAUCCAAAGCUAGAGACUUCAGUACUUUCAAUCAGGUUAGCAAUUAAAAAUUUCCAUUUUUCCUAUAGUUUGUAAUGAGGUUGUCAAGCUGGCGGAGCAGUAGCCACAUGCCACAACCCCUCAUGUCUCCAGAUAUGGUUUGUAUACGUAGAUUGACUAUUUAACAUCUUACCCUAGAACAAUUCUAGGAAGAGGAAAGACCUAUAGACUUUUCUUUUUAUUUUAGAUAAGAAAACGUUACAUGUUUAUGAGAAAGACUUGUUUAAGCAAAUAUACAACAUUGUUAAGCUUCCUUGCUCAUAUUGAUUUGACAGAAAAUGGAUACAAAUUGGUAGAUAGUGCAUAACAUUUAUAUAUCAUGCAGACAUGGUAAACAUAGUGCCUUGACCAUGUAUCUAGAUUUCUAAAAGUUGUAUGAAAGCUCAGAUGACAAUUUACAGUCUACCCAAUUAAAGUUAAAUAUGUCUACAUGUCUGAAUCCAUUAGCUGU